UGCUACCUCUAUAUCAUUCAAUGUUUUAUUUUGAGGAAAGAUAAACACUUAUGCAAUUCCUGAGUGUUGAAACUCCUUGCACUUACUUAAAAUUUAGGAGAGAGCAUUGAAGCCACUCAGGUAUGCAAUUUUUCAGACUACUGAAAUCCCUCUAGCAGAGAUGUUUAACGUUAUAUUUUGGGAGCUUUGGGUGCCGAAGGGCCAAACGUUUCCUGGGCAUUUUUUGGCCAGUUUUAAAUGUUCUACCAUUAGACAUUCACCAGAUGUUUACAGGUUUUCUUUAGGGAAGUAUAACAACUCUAUGAACUAUUUUUUAAGUCAUGUUCAUACUGUGUUUAUUAGACAUUGAAGUCAUGUUCGUAACUUAUUGGGUACACUCAGUAAGUGUUUCAUAUAAUCAGGUUUCUUGAGUAAAAUGGGCUGUCAGCAGCCAGCCUGUGUGAAGCACCUGUCACGUGUUGAACUAGAUGCUUCCUGCGUUAGGAACCAGGGGAUGCAUUCAUUCCUUGUUGAUCACUCAAAUAAAUGGCUCACUUCGUCAUAGUCAUAUUUGACAUGAAGUGGUAAGAUAGCCACCACGCCAAAAAUGCUGAUGGUUUUUAAUGCCAGGAAAAACUUGCCUGCAUACUCCGAGUUCUUCUGUGAUCCUGUUGGAUGCAUUCUCCUAGGUCAAGCCUUCAUCUUCAGUUGUAUGUAUGAAAAUGCUUCUUGCUUUUUAAAUACUAGGGACCGAUCCCACUGUUGCUGAUAGUGCAAAGAAACCCUCCUCGUCUCUCAGUGCAUAAUUUAGUCCUCUGUCAAUGCCUUCGUGUUUUCCGAGCAGAAUGUACGAGGUGUGCCAUCUCAAAAUCAGCUGCUACCCCGGAUCUUUGAUAGAAGUCACCUCCCUUCACUUGUGGCCUAGCUGAUGCCUGAUAAGUAUUGUCAGUGUGCAGAAGUCUUGCCCCCAGAAUGUUUUGUUUAUAGCCAGUUGAGUCUGAAAAUUUUAGGAACACAGUCUCUUUGUGGAUGGAUGUUUUUAACUGUAAUCAUUGUUGCCCAGAGCCAUGGGUUUUUAAACCCCAAAUUAUCCACAUGGUGUGUCUUAUUAAUUCUUUGAACUCCUUAUUAGAAUAAAUUUUUGUGAUAAAGGACUGUGAAGUCACAAGAGUGAGGCACUGUGGACGCGCUAGUUAGACGCUGGCAGUAUUGUGAUUCUUUACAAGAUUUUUUUUAAUGACACCAUUCACAGAACUUUAAAAAAGUAUCUUAACGUGUCUGUUAAUUGGUUGCCACUGAUACAUAAGAAAUAUAUUUGUGCUUUUAAAACACAAAUGCAAGAGUACAGUUUUUAAUAUCUAGAAGUUAGGGGUUCUUUCGUUAAAGAAAAACAGACUGACCCAAACCAUUGAAUCUCACUGGGAUUUUUAGGCAUAGAAACUGAAUUAUAUAAAUAAUGAAAUACAGUGCCAGUAUUCAUGAUAAAGCGGGGAACUAUAUAACAUUUGGUUUUAUUCUGUUCAUUAAUUUUUAAAGGCAUACUCCUGUUUUAUCUUGUUUUAUUUUUUUCUUAGCUUUUUUUCCUUCAAAAUUAUCAUUUAACUAUUAAACUGCCAUUUAUUUCACAUGGAAAUAGGGUUUAACGUUCUUGCAUGAAAAAUAUGUAAGCUGCAUAUUUUCCUUAUUCUUUUCUUUAAUAAGUGGAAGUAAAUUUGCUUGUUGUAGUACAUCUAAAUUUUCAGGCUUCCUGAAUACCUUAAUUGUAACUGUCAGUGUUGCACUGGUCAAUAUGUGGAAACAUAUUGUUCUACCCUGCUACUUACAUUUAUUUGAAAGUGAACUUGCAGUGAUAAGGAAUAUAUGAAAAAUAUAUUGUGUUUCUUUUGAUGUUGCAGAAAGUAGCACAUGUCAAACUGAUUUAUAAAAACAUGCUACCUGUCCAAAAAUAAAGACCAAAAUGACAUUUUGACAUUUUUCUGAAUUUGCCUUGUUUGAGAAACAGAAUAUUAUUAACUAGUUGAGCAAUACUCCCCCCACCUACCUACCUCGCAUGCUUUUUUUUUUUUAAGAGCAAUCUGAUGUUUUGCUUAGUCUGUUAGUGAAACAGGAAAUAUGGAAAUAUUUUUCAGUUGAUUAAUUACUCUGUCAUCUUUUCUUUCUAGAAUAUUCUUUGUUUUAAUCAUGGAAUAGCAAGUUGAAUUGUGCCUUUGUUUCCUGAUCCAAACAAGCCUGUAUUUUUCACUUCACUAGAAUUACUGUGUUGUAGAAAUUUAGAAAAUCUAAUAUAGCCAAGAAUGAAAGAGGAGACUUCGAGUUUCUGCAUCUGUUUUUCCCAGCUUUUAAUUAAAGUGUUCUUGGCGCUCCUAACCCACUUCUAUAUCGUCAAAGGAAAUAGAAAAGAAGCGGCUAGGAUAGCAGAAGAGAUCUUUGGUGAAAUUUCAGAUUGCUGGGCUGAUCGGUCUCCACUUCAUGAAGCGGCAGCUCAGGGGCGCCUACUGGCCCUGAAAACUUUAAUUGCACAAGGCGUCAAUGUGAACCUGGUAACAAUUAACCGGGUCUCUUCUCUCCAUGAGGCGUGCCUUGGUGGACAUGUGGCCUGCGCUAAGGCCUUACUGGAGAACGGUGCCCACGUCAAUGGGGUGACAGUUCACGGAGCCACGCCCCUCUUUAACGCUUGCUGCAGUGGCAGUGCUGCGUGUGUCAACGUGCUGCUGGAGUUUGGCGCCAAGGCCCAGCUCGAGGUGCACCUGGCCUCACCCAUCCACGAGGCAGUGAAGAGAGGUAAUAGAGAGUGCAUGGAGAUUCUACUGGCAAAUAAUGUUAACAUUGACCAAGAAGUGCCUCACCUCGGAACUCCCUUGUAUGUGGCUUGCACCUACCAGAGGCUUGACUGUGUGAAGAAGCUUCUAGAAUUAGGAGCCAAUGUUAACCAUGGUCAGUGGCUGGACACCCCUCUCCAUGCUGCCGCCAAGCAGAACAGUGUGGAAAUCAUCCAUCUGCUGAUAGACUACGGGGCUAACCUCAAAUGCAAAAAUGCCCAGGGCCAAAGCGCACUUGAUCUGGCAGCUCCAAAGAGCAGCGUGGAGCAGGCACUCCUGCUCCGGGAAGGCCCACCUGCUCUUUCCCAGCUGUGCCGCCUGUGUGUCCGGAAGUGCUUGGGUCGCAACUGUCACAAGAUCAUCCACAAACUGUACCUGCCGGACCCACUGGAAAAAUUCCUCCUAUACCAGUAGUCCCAACUGUCUAUAGGAAGAUACUUGGAAAGAAAUAGGUUGUUGUCUGCUGUACCCAGGGUGCCUAGUGUAGAUGCGCAACAGCUAGACUCCUGGUAUCUUCACAUGAGCUAAGCUAGUUAGAGCAUAACACUGAUGAACUGCAGUACGUGGGGAAUGGAGACACCUGAUUAAUUUAGCAUUCUUUUUAACCAAGGCGCAAUCAGAAACCUUUUCAUUUUUAUUUCUCACUAAGAAAUUUAAAAAAAUUGUGAAGUAGAGUGAAACUAGUAGGCAGUUUUUCAAGAUUCAUGAUUCUCGAUUAUCUAAUGGUUACCAUUCUGCAUAGCAUGUAGACACGUAAAUCUGGGUGGAUAAGGUUAUGAUGAAUAUAAGUCUUCCAAGAUAGAUUCUUGAUUCAGUUAUUCCCUUCUUCCCCUUUGUUUCCUUUCAUGAAUAAAUCUCUGCUAAAAUUUUA